AUGGCCAGGCAAGAUGGAGAGGAGUUCUGGGGACGUAUUUAUGAGGAGGAGACACGCUGGCUAUUCCUGCCCAUUUCCCAACCCUUUUGCUGGUCUCCUUUGUCCGUCGCGGAGACUCGACGGCCGGACCCUACCGGCCGGGGCAUUCUCGUGAGAGAGACUGCGGACUGGGAUCCCACAGCCUACGCGGUAGAGUCUAUUCUCAGAGGAGCUCUCGGUGAGGAGGAGAAUCUGGGGUAA